UUUCUUUGCCACAGUUCUCAAAACAAAACAAAUCUCAUUCAAAUUUAAAUACUUUAUAAAUUAAAAUAAAGAAAUUUUUGUAAGUUAAUUGGAAAAUUACAGAGUGACCUCUAUUGGAAAUGUGGACAUGGAUAUGCCCCUGAGUGGUAAAUUAGCGAUUGUCGCAGCCACAGCUGGAACUUUUUUUGCUCUAGGUGCUUAUUAUCAACAUCAGCAUGUGAUACGCAACAUCAAGAAGCUGGAACAGCGCAAUCCACACGCCUAUUUUAUCAGGCGUAAGCUGUAUGCGUUGCUGGAUAUAUUCUAUGUGCAAUUUGGCACUGAGUUUUUCGAUGAGGAAAGCGAUGAAUCGGAAUCCCAUCGCAUGGGCGGAAUAAUGAAGUAUGGCUUCCCUAGCAUGAAUGAGAUUAGCUUGAAUGAGACGUACAAUUUUGUGACAUCAUUCGAUCGUCGCAACUCCGCCAUACAAUGGAUGUGCGAACGUGUCGAACCCACAAGCUAUACGAAUAAUCCCCUAUCGCAAUCCUCCCGUUACGGCCUCUCGGUACGACCUCGACCCUUGAAUCACAUGGCGGAUGUGUCAUUUCAACACUCGGAGGCGGCGCGUGUCUUCUUCAUGGCGAAUAUUAAACCGUUCUUGAAUCGCGGCUUCAAUGCACGCGUUUGGGAGAAAUUACUGCUCUACAUUCAUGAGAUGUCCCAGAAUUAUGGAGAUGUUUUUGUGUACACCGGUUCCAUUUACUUGCCUCGCGAAAUGAAGAGCAACAAUUGGUAUUUGGAGUUUCAACCGGAAGAUAACGCCAUCAUUGCAGUGCCCACGCAUUUCUUCAAGAUCGUCAUAGUCGAUCCGAAGGAAUUGCAUAGCACGCCCUAUGCCGAGGCUUAUGUGAUGCCCAAUUCAUCGAUAAGCGAUAACACCGAGCUGCGAUCGCUGCUCAGCGAUGUGCGUGAUAUCGAGAAUGCAACUGGCCUCAAAUUCUUCGAUGGUCUCGAUCGCAACUUUGUCAACACGCAAGUGACCAACCAGGGUCAUGAGCCAGCCCUGGCAACUAUCACCGAUUAAUCUGAGUUUGUCGCCUAAGUAUUUUUAUUUGAUCUGCGGAUUGUUUUCUUUUUGCGCGUACUAUUAUCGCUAUCAAAGUAUUAUUUAACGUUCGUAAAUGCCUCGAAAUUAGUGACAAAUAUAUAUUCAACAAUUAUUUAA